AUGAUAUUUGAAGAAUUACCAAAUGAAAUAGUAUAUGAAAUAUUUGACUAUUUGUCAGCUGUUGAUCUAUUGCUAUGUUUUUUCAAUUUGAAUUCACAUUUUAAUAAAUUACUUUAUCAACAAUUAAACAAAAGUCAUUUCGAUUUUCGACGAAUAUCAAAAGUAAACUUUGAUUAUAUCUGUGAAAAAUAUAUUUCAUCUUUAGUUGAUCAAAUUACUUCAAUUCAUCUUUCAAAUGAGGAUAAUACUCCAAGUCAAAUUAAAUUAUUUCUUGCUCAUGAUAAUUUUAAACUUAGACAAUUUACUAAUUUAAAAUCAAUUUCAUUAUCAUAUGUUCAAUCCAAACAACUACUUGAUCAAACAAUGAUUGAAUGUUCUUAUCUUCCUUGUCUAACACACUUUUGUUUAGAUAGUGACGGAAUUGAAAUGGAUGAAAGUGAUGCAGAAUAUUUCGUUUAUUGUCUAUCAGAAUUAUCCACAUUAAUCUAUUGUUAUCUGGAUAUAUCUUGGGAAUUUGAAGUUGAUUUUAAAAAUUUUUCUCCGAAUGAAUCUUAUAUUAGCACAUCACUUAAACAUUUAACUCUUGGCACAGUUGAGUGUUCUUUAGGCUUAUUAAAUCGUUUACUUCAAUAUAUGCCUAAUCUUCAAUCUCUCGAGAUGGAUUAUAGGGAUAAUUAUGAAGCUUAUGAAUUAUUAAUACCUAAUCUUUCACUUAAUCGAUUAGAAGUUAGACUCUAUGACACCGUAUCUAAUCUCAAUAACAUGCUGAAAACCAUGCCUAACUUACAUUAUUUAACAUGCAUUCUACUUGAUGAUUAUAUAAAUGGAAAUCAAUGGGAAGAAAUGAUUAGAAAAUCUUUAUCUAAGUUAAAAACUAUUAAUAUUCAAAUGAAAUAUGAACCACCGAAUAACGAAAAUAAAGAAGUACAAUUAAAUGAAAUAGUUGAGUCAUUUCGAACUGAAUUUUGGAUUAAUGAAUAUCAACGAUUUAUUCGAUGUAAUUGGUAUAUUACAGAUAAACAACAUGAACCUAGUUAUAGUUAUGUUAAUAUUUUUACUUUACCUUAUAUUUUUCAUUAUUUUGAUGGUUCUCAUGAAUGUGUUUUAACAAAGUCAACUUAUCCAUAUGAUAAUGAACAUUUAACAUGUAAUCAGAUCGAUAGAUUACAUUAUCGAUCUUCAUAUUUUACGGAUUCGAUUUUGUCUCGUGUUCGUAUUAAUAAUAUUCGAUCACUUACAUUAUCAUUUCCAAUAAAUGAACAAUUUUUGUCAGUUGUUUCUAAUCUUGAUCAAUUAAAUUCGCUCGACGUUUACAUAGAUGAAAGAAAAAAUCUUGAUAAUAUUCAAUCAGAAUUACAAUUUCUACUUGAUCGAACACCUUUUCUUUAUUCGCUCAGUUUUUGUCCAUGGUCAUCAGCCAAUUCACAUAUAACAUUCAAGGAAAUUAGAUGUGCUUCAGUUCGGCAACUAGAUAUACGAGGAGACCCUUCCUAUAGCUCUUGGUAUGUAAGUCCCAGUGUUUGUGAAAAACAAUGUGUUCAACUGUUUCAUUCGCCAUUAGCUAUUCAAUGUGAAACACUUAUUAUCAAAGUUACAACUCGGCAAAUAAUACUUGACCUUGUCAAUAAUAUGCCUAAUCUUAAAGCAUUGAAUGUUAUGUGUGGCGAUGAUGUUGGAUCUUAUGUAGAUGGUGCCGAGCUACUAGAAAAUGAACUUUUUAAUUGGUUAUAUCGACAAUUACCAUCAACAUCUAUAAUGUCAAGGGAUACAACUAAAAAUCGUAUUAUUCGAAUAUGGAUUCGAUGA